CAUACGAAAAAUCGAGGAAAUAAUCUUCCCUAGCAACGUCAAGAUACAAGAGCAUCUCUUAGCGCAUGUUUUAAAGAUUGGGAUUUCCUUUGGAAAGUUUUGCGUUGAAAGUUUUGGUUCCCCUCGUAGUCUCAAAGAAUUAGGUAGGCCUUCGCUUGCCAAAGAGAUGCAAUGCAAGUUUCUCAAUGAAAGUUUGACGAGUCUGGGGGUGAUUAUCACGUUACAAAUGAUUUAACGUCAUCGUCGUUGGCUAGCAUUAGCUCCACGUUAACCUAAUCCUCGGCAGUUUUGUUGGGUUGCGGUUUAUUGUUUGUAUCAUGUAACACCCAUAUCAGCGAUGCACAUGAAAUGGUGCAUAAAAUCAUGUCUUGGAUUGUGCUGUCGGUGUUCGCGCUCAGCAUUAUUUCUACGGUGGCUCUUAACGUCACUGUAAAUCAAACAGACUCACCCUCAGGUGUUAAUAACACCAUUACCGAGGAACCCACAUCCUCCACGCCAACUCAAUCUGACUUUUUUGAAACGACAGCAAUUGAGGACUUCUUCACUGAGACAAUAUUACCAAACACGACUAAUGUUACAGACAACACACCGACGGACAGUACCUUCACAGAUGCCAGCACUACAGAGUUGGUUGAAGUUACAAUUCCGAUAGAAUGCUUAUGUGAUAUUACUCCAAACUUCUGCGAUAUUGGCUGCUGCUGUGACAAUUUGGAUUGCGAAAUAGAUGACUUGAGCUCAGUCUUCAACGGUUGUGAAAAAGACACAAGGCCACCAGGUGUGUGCAUUGAGAAAUGGUUGAUGUUCCGAGCAAAUAUUGAUCCGGCCCUCAUCACAGAGACUGAUUCAUUAUUCUGUGUGCGAGAAGAAGCAAAGGCAACAGAGCAGCAAAGCCUCCCUGCUCUUUCAGAGCAGCAGCGAGACAAGGAGUUCCCUUCCUUCCUACAGCAAGAUGACACAACUACUGACUCCAUCAUCAAAGAUUUUUAUCAGGUUGAUGAUCUGAUACUUAUCCAGUACAAUCGUAUUUCUAUGCUGGGUACACUCAAACAGCCAUCACCUGGAGUAGCUUCAUCCUCCUGUGUUGACCUCAACCCAGCCAGAUUCUUGCGCUCCACAUCACACUCAUGUUCUCGAGCCUUGAAUGCUCAGUCCUGCUCAACCGACCCCAGACUGAAUGUGCACACUUACUUUAAAGAUAUUAGCCUGCUAAGGGUGCCAAAUCCGCAAAACGUGGAUAUAUCAGACUUGCAGAUCCCCAUAAUCCCUGUGUCCAUAUGGUCAGAGCCCAGUGAGCAAAAUGACACCUGCUUGAAUGUUGUGUCUAAGGUGGAGUAUAUUAUUGAGUUUUCACAUGCAGGGGAAAUCAUGAGUGCAACGCUACGCGCCAACUUCCUGAAUUCAAGCCUGGAUGCUCAAGUAUUACAGGAGUUUUCAGUCACAUUUCAGUUAGCUACAGCUGGUCCUACGCCAGCCCCGUUGCCAGCAAUGGGGCUGAUUGUUGGAAACCCAGUGACUGGUCAGUUUGGUGAAGAGGUCAAUCCUCUGACGACUCUGGCUCCAGCAGCAGCUUGCUCAGUUCCUCUAGCUGUGCGCGUGCCCAUCCGCUUCACUUACAACUCCAUCUCUGGCUGCUCCUUCAGGUCUGCCUCCCAGAACUGCAGUGAGCUGAGAUUAGAUAUGUAUACAAUCUUGACUGGCAUGGCAACCCCUGACAUGGUGGCGAUGAGUUCAGGCCCCAAGCCAGAUUGGGCUGAAGUCAUCACUGAAGACUGCCCAGAGUCCCAAGCUGAGGACUCCUGUGAGACUGGUUGUUAUGUCCCUCACUCCCUGUCCAUUCAGUUUCUCUGGGCCAAGAGGGGGCUGCUGUCUCUUCCACAGAAUUACAUCCUUGGGGCAAAGUAUCAGUUUGGCUGUCAGAAAGUUAAGUGUCCCCUUGCCUCCCCGUUGGCUGUCACUUCGGAGGUGACUUUCUCAGAGAUAACAGCGUACCCUGAGCCUCCCAGAGGAAUGCCUCAACCUCACUGGAAGUUCCCAUACUCCUUUUUCGCCCGGGGACAAGAGGAGCUGGAUUGGGGUCUUUGAGGGAGAACGGCGAAAUGUCACUGUCUCCUUCCAUCCAAACCUUUACAUGUUCAGUCAGUUUCACAGCCUACACAGUUUUGUUUACUGUUAUGGUUAUGGUUAUGGCUAUGGGAUUUGGCAGAGUUAAGUUAUAUGGGUUUCAUCCAAAACACAGCUACCCAUGGCAUGAAUCAGGUUCUGAUCCUAUGUAUUAGGAUUUGGAAGAGUGUGUCAGUGUAAAUAGUCAGGAUAUAUACUUUAUAUACCGUACAUCAAAAAAGAAAGCGAAAAAUUAA